AUGGACGCGUCGACAACCGACGUCCGUCGCUCGAGUAUCGAGAAGACGCCUAUUUCUCCAGUUCCGCCUUUUGAGAAUCUCCCCGACGAGAUCAUUGAGCAGAUCCUUCGACUAAGCGAUCCUAACGGCUUCGCAUCUCUUGUACUUCUCAACCGCAAGUGGAGGACUGUUUCGCAACGAGCCCAUCUUUACUGUCACCAACUCUCAAGAUGUCCUUCAUAUUCAGCCAGCCAUCCCACAGCCCCUGCGUCCGACGAUGAUCGAUUACCUGAACUGCGUCGACUUUUCGCCCGAGAAGUUAAACGAAAUCUAUUCGAAGCAUAUCUACGGCCGAAGGAAACCAUAUUUAAGCUUAUUUCGACAUCUAUCAGCUCCUCAUCAUGUCCCGGAGGCGAGGGCAUGCAAUACAGCGCCUCACCAAAAGGCCAUCACCUUUUAGCCUACAACUCGGGUAGGAUUUACGUGAUUGAUUUGCAAGGGACGAAACUGGAAGUCAAGAGGGAGUUGAAGAUCCUUCGCCGACCUGUUGCUGCAUGUAUCAACGAUAAAGCUACCUUGUUGGCAGUUUUGUCUACUGAGAUGCAGGUAGACCUCUACGAUCUACAACAAAGCCCGCCCCGUAGGACUCAAUCUAUAAUUCUCGACAAUACUCCUCGAACAAUUGCUCUAUCGCCGUGUGGAUCUGUUCUAGCUGCUGCAUAUGAGGGCGGUAUCGAGGUGUCGUCUUUGAGAUCUGACGCACUAGCCACUGAUCGAAGAGCUGUGAAAUGCGAUGCCGUUGACGCUCUGUCCUUCUCCUUCGACGGAACCCAGAUUCUUGGAACUACCAUUCACUCGGCACCCCCUAGCACUGUCAUCAUUACAGCUCCUUACUACGAUCCAGGGCCUCAUAUGUCCGAAGACAACCUGAGCCCUCUAUGGACUACCUCGAUUCUGUUUCCCAACACUAGUCGCGACUGCAGCCACGCUGUACUACUUCAGGAUGGGAACGAAGAGGAAGCCAGCUGGACCUUUACCUACGACAGGAGUUUUGAAACUUUCCGAGCUGUUCGGAUCGAUGACCUCAGGAAUGGCACCACAUACUUUACUGGACCCGUACCGAGCGCAUCUUCACAAGCCAGCCUUAUCCCGUCAACUCUCCCUUCGACGACAUUUCGGGGCGAAUUAGUGUCAGCCGGUUUUCAAGGGAAGGAGGUCUGGAUCUAUGGUGUACCCGAUGAUCUUGAUGCUGUCCCAGAUAGCUCUUCGUCGUCAAACGAUGGAUCAUCGUCUGGUCUGGGACGGCAAAACAGUGACCGCAGUGGCACGUCGCGAAGGGCGUCUACACGAGCGAACGGCACCGAAGGUGGCAGGAUGCCCAAAUGGCAGAUGCUUUGCGACAAGCUUAGGAAUACUUUUGUUUCCGGCUUUAAAGUUGCUGAGUCAGCUGAAGUGAAAACCGUGAAAUGGGUUGCAGGUUAUGGUGGCUCGUCUACUCAAGAGCGCCUAGCGAUCACUGCUAGGGGAGUCGGUACACCGCGACUGAUCACCGAAGAGGAAGACAUGGAUUUUGUCGACGGCGGUCGAGUCACACUAUUGGAUUUUGACUACGGCAUUUCUAACGGAACCAAGUCUGAGAUCACCAUCGAAGUCGGCACUGAUCAUCCCGAAGUGCUGGAGGAAGAGCAGCGGGAUCUCGCGACCGAGGUUGCCAUUGUUCGGCGGCGGACUGUUGCUCAAAAACGUGGCGGACGUGGUGGCCCAUCUUUGCUUCGAGCUGCCACGACUGCUUCGCGAGCUCGUGCAGCCCUUGAUGUACCAGCAGCACCACCAACUGCACAAGCGGUACCAGCUGUCCGACAGGUAUCGCGACUGGCGCGACAUGAGGAUAGCAACGAUGAUGACAAUCCUUUGCUCCCUCGGAGGGUUGGAGCGCACCCACCACAGCCAGUACCCCGACGGGUGGUCGAGCCUGAGAGCCCCGACGAUGACGAAGACGGCGGCCCAACAAUUGAGCAGAUGGAAGCUUUGGAUGCUCCGUAUGCACAUGCUAGUCCUCGUUCUCAGACCACGCUUCGUCGUGCUGCAACUGCUGCCGCUGUUGACAGAUCUCUUAACCCCCGCACAGCGGAUGGACGGCGUAUUGAAUAUCGCCGUGCUGAUGGUAGAAGAGAGCAUCCGCAUGAGAGUGAUGCCGACAAUUGGGUGCCUCCACCACCACCAUAUCAAAAGGAUGAUCCAGGUCCAGACCUGCCUGCCUUUAUGCGUGGGCCAUCUGUUGCUCCCAUGGGACUUGGGGGUGCUUCUGCUCCUGCUCCUCCUCCUAUGCCGGCCUUGUCAAGCCAGCCUGCUCAUAACUCCUCUAGUCAUUCUCAAUCUCAGAGCAGCCAAGCUUCUGGAAGCACCGACUUUAAAUCUGGUCAACGCACACCUUUGAACCACCCAGCACAGCGACUGCCUAUUCAACAUUCACUAAGUGACUCUAGCAUCGCGACUCGAUCUCAGGUCCCUGAUGCGAUCCAAAACAGCGUUGACACUUUGUCCCAAAAUAGGGAUGUUGAUUUGUACGACGUCACUCCCCCUGCUUCCCCACGACAGUCAGCAGCUCAGUCUGCGGAAGCGACUUCAGAGACCCGAGCUCGACAAUCAUCAAUCUCGUCUGCUGUCUCGGCCAUAACGUCUAGAGCUAUGGAAGCUCCUACCAACUCCGUAGACGAUGAUCGGUCACCAUCACCACUGCAGACAGAUAUCUCCGCUCAUGAUCAUUUUGGCCCAGGUCCUCGAAUACCGGCGUUGAAUGUGGAACCAUCGGCCGCUUCCAUCACCCGGUCUGUGCCUGACUCAGCGCCUAUAGCGAGACGGUUAUCAAACGCUCAAACUUGGCCUCGAGCUGGCGGCCCCCAAAUUGAACAGGCCAUUAGCCCGGCCAGUGAAUACCCGUUCCCAACGUCUGCGCCUGCCGAGCAGCCAGCCUCGGAUGAGGCAAUGUCAGGUCUUCCACCUUUACCGAGCUCGAGUCAACUUGCGAGUCUAAGCAAAAGAGUUAGCCAGGGUAAUCCACGACGCUUUUCAGGAGCAUUUCAAGUCCCAAGAAGACCUGUCGGGAGCUUCGACGGUAGCUCAUACAUCUCGAACUCUCUGCCUGAUUCAUUGUCAGUAGGGCCACCUCGCCGUACUCAUACUGAACCCGAUCAGCCUCUUAUUAUUAGCACUCCUGGGGGCGUGUCGGGCGCUUUUGACUCACCCAGCCGGCAGAUAUCUGGCCGUAGGAAUGAAACUCCUUUACUGGCUCCAAUCCCCCGGCACCCACGCCCAGUGCAUGGGUCGAAUCAGCGGCCGACCGUCGAGCGUCUUGAAACAAUUUACAGUAUCGCCUCAUCGCAUGGAGCCAACCCACCAGCGGUACUACCACUGCCUAACCAGCAAGUACCCGCCUGGCUUAAUGCUCCCCCGGUGUCGGUGACGAGAACGUCUCCAACUAUAAACCGAAGACCAAGUCGUGCUGAGCGAAGCGCUGCCAAGAACAUCAAGGAUGCUAAGAAGCGUGGCUGGACAGCCAAGUCCAAAAAGAAGAAGAAGGCAGCAGAUGCUGCAAGCAGUGCCGGUUGGACAGAUAUAUCAACUGGCUCUGGAGAGAAGGAGAAGGAGAAAGAGAAGGAAAAGAAAUGCGUCGUCAUGUGA